UGCGUGAUGCGAGGAUAGCUUCGUUUUCGUCCAUGAUUUGUUGGAUUGUGGCGUGAUUUUGGGCCCUACCUAUGCGAAGUUUAACGUAUUUAAGAAUAUACGUUUGUUGGAUUGAAAUGCCAUGUAUGUUGAGAGCUGUCUCAUAGCCGAAACUUGACAGUCUUUCAAUUCUUCGAUCUGGACUACAACAACAACACAAGCUAUGAGUCAAAGUACCCUGUCUCUGAUACUGCAAAAUGGUUCGCAGUACCUGGCAGGCAUCAUGGCUGGUUGUAUCACCGGGGCUAAAGUCUUUCCCCACACCCUCGGUCUUCCCAAAUACAAGAGCUUUGUACAGCUUUACGACAAGGGAUUUGAGGUGAAACUGGACGAACACACCAAACAGCUGGCGCAGGAGGUUUUGGAUGCUAUGAAUAUGAAGGAAGAGAUGGAGGCAAGAGUUGAACUUUUUGUUGCUUAUGGUCAAGAUAUGGUCAGUAAGGGCUCCCUGAACACUCGCAAAGGAGGCAUUGUUGGUAUUCCUGCAAACUUCAAGUACCUGAGCACAGAUAACGUGGAGCGAAACAAAGUAGUCCUCAAUAACAAGGGUGUUGACUGGAACUCAAGCGCUGGGGAAAAGCUGGCCGAAGCUAUGGUGUUGAGUGACAAUGCUAAAAAAUUUGCUAUUGCAAGGGAGAUCUUUACAAUAAAAUCUUAUUUCUAUGCAGUGGAUGCCCUUCUGGCGUCUUUUUCCUUUCUGGGAUCUUACAGCUUUGGAUACUUCAUCAAUAGAAAAAUGGGUUUAAGGGAAAAGUUGCCAAUGGUGGUUCGUGGUGGUCUUUACACAGGGUUUGCCUGCCUAGGUUUGCUGACGUAUGUCCUGGUCAGAGAUGCGUACAACUGUCGCCAAGAUCGUAAACUCGACCAGAAAGCUGGCACGUUAAUGCCAGCUCUGGCAUUAGGCGGAGUCGAAUACUACACCAAACUUCUGCAAAGGAACAUUGCUCUACGCGAACUCUUAGGAAAUUCAGGGUCCUCACUUUAUACAGCAUACGGGAAUGUUACGCAGUCCUGGAGAACACCCAAGCUCUCGCUCACCGCCCAUAGAGACUUGAUGAUCCGCUUGGUAGAGGAAUACAACAACAGCAGUAACAAAAUGGGAGAUGCGAAAGAAACAGAACAUAGAGAAGAAACUGAAGCUGUAACAGGAUGAAAAGAACUUAUGGCUAUAAAGUGAAAUUAUAAAUUUAGUGCAUUAUGUGAAGUGUGUGAUUCCGAGUGAACAGAACUGAAGUUAAUGCUGCUGUCUGACAAUGGAAGUAUAGGCUCCAUAUACAGGUUGGCAGAGAGUUAAUUGCAUGUCAUGUUAAUGAUCAAAAUGUAGCAAUCAUUUCAAUACAUGAUUGAUUCUUUGUGUACUGUGAGUAAUUUGUUUUAUGUAUCUUCUCUGAGGUUGACUUGUAUCAUGGCCAAACCUUCUCAAAAACCAAUCUCCUAGGUGGGAGGGGAGGAGUUGAAGUUAGUAAAAUGUCAAAAUCCACAAGCCCUUUGACAAAUGAAAUAAUUCGAAUCCUGCUACUGCUAGUUUAGCCAGAACUUUUUAAAUUGUUAUGUACCAGGAAAGAUAACGUGGUUUCCUGCCUGGUUUCUUCCACUGUCGUACAAGUGAGUGAAAUGUUUCUCCUCAACUUUAUAAAAGUUGUAUAACAUUAAGUAUUUUAAAUGGUUAUGUGGUUUUUUUGGCUAAUACACGUAAAGCAUCAAUACUUGUAAUUUAGCCACCUGCAGGUGAUAAUGGGGGUGAGGUGGGGUUUCCUCCCCCGGUUAUCCAAACCGCUAUUGUAAUAGUGAAAUCUUCUUGAGUAUGGCAUAAAACACCGAUCAAAUCAAAUCAGAUCUUGAGUAUGGCAUAAAACACCGAUCA